CUCCCAUCCAGGGUUCAAAAACAAAACCAUAUCACCCCCCAAACUGAAUUUCCUUUUCUUUGAACUUCUUUUUUAAUCUUUCUGAACUCCCAACUCUUCCCAUUAACAUUUUUUGUAUCUAACAUCAAGAGAAGAAAGAAAGAUUGCCUAUAGCUAUGUGCAACUCUAAGCCUAAUUCUUCCCCUUCCUCCUUCAUUUCUACCAAUAAAAGCCAUCUCUUAAACCCCAACAAAACCAUGGAUCUCCUCAUUGAUGAUCAAGAACUUCAUCGCUGGCCAAAUCCUUCUGAGGCUCUUGAAGAAAUCAAAGAGAUAGGAAAAAUAUCAGGACCAACAGCCAUCACUGGGCUAAUACUAUAUUCAAGAGCCAUGAUUUCGAUGCUUUUUCUUGGAUACCUUGGUGAACUUGAGCUCGCAGGCGGCUCUCUUUCCAUAGGGGUUGCGAAUAUUACCGGCUACUCGGUGAUCUCUGGCCUGGCCAUGGGCAUGGAGCCCAUUUGCGGCCAAGCCUACGGCGCUAAGCAGAUGAAACUACUCGGCCUCGCUCUGCAACGAACCAUCUUGCUGCUUCUCACCACCAGCAUUCCCAUCUCCUUCAUGUGGUUUAACAUGAAAAGAAUCCUCUUAUGGUGUAAUCAAGAUGAAGAAAUCUCAUCAGUUGCUCAGACUUUCAUCCUCUUCGCCAUCCCAGACCUCUUUUUCCUUUCAUUGCUUCAUCCUCUGAGAAUCUAUCUCAGGACUCAGGGCAUCACAUUGCCAUUGACGUACUGCUCAUCUAUCUCAGUUCUGCUUCAUGUCCCGUUGAACUUUCUCCUGGUGAAGUAUUUCAACAUGGGCAUUGCUGGAGUGGCCUUAGCAAUGGCUUUAACAAACCUCAAUCUUGUUCUAUUGCUCUGCUCAUAUAUAUACUUCUCAGGCGUGUACAAGGGAUCAUGGGUGGCCCCGAGCCUGGACUGUCUGAAGGGCUGGUCGUCUCUUCUAUCCUUGGCAAUUCCCACUUGCAUUUCUGUCUGUCUCGAGUGGUGGUGGUAUGAGCUGAUGAUAAUGCUUUGUGGGCUCUUAUCGAACCCCAAAGCCACAAUCGCCUCAAUGGGAAUUCUCAUUCAGACAACUUCAUUAGUCUAUGUAUUCCCCUCUUCCCUCAGUCUUGGAGUCUCAACCAGAGUAAGCAACGAGCUCGGCGCCAGGCGGCCCGCCAAGGCCCGCAUUUCGAUGAUCGUUUCUCUCUUCUGCGCCGUGGCGUUAGGCGUCGCCGCCAUGCUGUUCACCACGCUUAUGAGGCACAGAUGGGGCAGGUUUUUCACAGGAGAUGCCGAGAUUCUUGAGCUGACGACGGUGGCAUUGCCGAUAGCUGGGCUCUGCGAGCUCGGCAACUGCCCGCAGACCACUGGCUGCGGGGUUCUGAGAGGAAGCGCGAGGCCCACCAUUGGAGCAAACAUCAACCUCGGUUCAUUUUACUUGGUUGGAAUGCCGGUGGCGUUCUUCAUGGGAUUCGGGCUGAAACUGGGGUUUGCUGGGCUGUGGCUAGGAUUGCUAGCAGCGCAGGGGUGUUGCGCAUUGCUAAUGCUCUUUGUCCUGUGUAGAACAGAUUGGAUUCUACAAGUAGAAAGAGCCAAAGAACUCACAAAAGCUCAAUCUUCUUCUUCAUCUAAUUCUUCUUCUUCUGGUUCUUUGCUGCCAGUUUCAACAGCAGAGACUAAGGAAGUUACCAAGAAAAGGGCUGACAGUACUCAUAAUAAUCUUGAUCAGAUCAUUUUAUGUCCUAAUGAUGAGUUUGUACUAAAGUCAUCACCUCCUCUUGAAACAGACCCUCUCAUUAUAACUACACAAGUUCAUCAUCAAUAGGGUAGCUUUCGAUUUUUUUCCUUUUUCUUCUUCUUUUCUUUUUUCCAAAAUUUGGGCCCCUUUCAGAUGAUCAUGAUCAUGAGGGCGGCUGAUGUGGAAAUUCUUGAAUUGGAUUUUUACUCCCAUUAAUUUCUUGUACCUUUCUUCCUUCUCCUCAUUGUACUGUACCCUUACAGUGUAGAGAGUAGUUUUCUUUCCACCACCUCCCUCUUUUUUCUAACAUAUAGUGCUGCUGCUCUAUGUUCUUUGUUUAUUCCUCCUCUUUCAGACAUCAUUAAAUUACCUUUUCCUUGAAUUUGUGGGCUGUAAUAAUAUAAUAUAAUAUAUAUAUAUAUAUAUAUAUAUAUAUGUACAUUGUUGGGUUUUUAUUAGUUUUCUCCAUCCGUAGUGUCAGAGAAAGAUCGAUGAUUAGAGAAAACAAAAAAAAAGGGGGGUUAAGGGUUGUUUUAAUUUAAAAGAGGAUCCGCCUGCCCUUUUCUUUCUUGUUUCCAGCUUCCCUAUUAGGUCACGACAUUCUCUACCUAAAAUGGAAAUUUAGCAUAUUCUUCCUCUACCAUAAAUAUAUAGUUUUUAUCAUUUAACGUUAA